AGUUGAGAAAAAACUUUACCGAUGACGUGAAAGCUCAAAAAAGACCUCUAACAAUCCACAGACGAGCAGCAUCUAUGGAAUCAAUUCAGCAAGUAUUUGAUUUCUAUGACGAUGAAGAUACAAGCAACGAAGAUAACCAAUAUCAACAUCAAACAUCUGAAGGACACACGUUUGAAGUUAUUGAUAUUGUAGACCCAUCAAAAGCUUUUCCAGAAGUUCGUGAGUAUAGUAACGUGGCCAACUUGGGGACGCAAGAAAGACACUGUUUGUUGAUCCGAAAUAUUUCACCAUCAUUACCUCUGGAAAAUGAAGAUCACUCCCAUGAAUACGAGCGUGGGACAGAAAACGCAUCGAGACAUAAACUGCGAUCUCCAGAACUGGUAAGAUUAGCAACGAUGAGAGGCAGGCAAUGCAAUUCGCUAUUCGGACAGGCGGAGGAGGAGGAUGGUAGCAAGUGUUCAGUGUCCACUGGGGAGCAGUCGGGUCUGUUGAUGAGACACCGGUCGGAAUCUCUCCCGCCGUGCACCAGGACCGCCCUGAGUCGGUCAGGGUCCUGCAGCUGUCUUCUGGGAGCCGCAAAAUUCUCUGGACAACCUUCAGUUAUUCCCGGACUCGUGAACCUGCCUCAAAUACGCAACGAGGAACUGAUAUUGGGUGACCUCGUCUGGUUCGACCCCGGUGUGGGUCACGUCCUUCCUGGAGAGGUACUGGAGUACCAUCGGGCUGCUCAAGUCCUGACAGUGCAGGCAGUCAUUGGCGGUAAGCCUCAGGUGUUUACACUUACCAGUCUCAAUGGCGUUCGGCGGAGACAAGAUCUGGGACAAGCAGGUGUCGAAGACAUGAUUCAGCUCUCGGAUCUGAAUGAAGCGUCUCUGCUAUGGAAUCUGAAAAUUCGUUACGACAAGGAGCUCAUCUAUACAUACACUGGGAGUAUUCUUGUUGCCGUGAAUCCAUACAAGAUGUUUGACAUCUAUGGGCUGGAUAUGGUGAAGAAGUAUGAAGGUCAAAUUCUUGGAACUUUACCACCGCACCUUUUUGCUAUAGGAUCUUCAGCAUAUGGCCACAUGUCAAAGGAUGGUUCAUCACCUGAGAGUCAAGUAGUGGUGAUAUCUGGGGAGAGUGGCUCAGGGAAGACAGAGUCAACAAAGCUAGUCAUGCAAUACUUAGCAGCAGUAAACAAGUCACCUUCUAACCUAAUCACUGAACAGAUCCUUGAGGCAUCUCCUCUGCUGGAAAGUUUUGGCAAUGCUAAAACUGUUCGGAAUGACAACUCAUCUCGUUUUGGGAAAUACCUGGAGGUGCACUUCAAGGAUGGUGUUAUAAUUGGUGCCAAGAUCACAGAAUACCUUCUAGAAAAAUCACGUAUCGUCACUCAAGCUGCGGAUGAACGCAAUUAUCAUGUUUUCUAUGAGAUGCUACAAGGUCUUACGUCUGAGACUAAGGAAAAGUAUGGAUUGCUCUCAGCUGACAAAUAUUUCUACCUCAAUCAGGGUGGGAAUUGUGAAAUUGAUGGAAAGUUUGAUGGUGAAGACUUCCAGUCUCUGCUGUCUGCCAUGCAGGUUCUUGGCUUCACAUCUGAAGAACAGGAUACUAUCUUCAGGAUUCUUGCUUCAGUACUUCAUCUGGGAAAUGUAUACUUUCACCGCAAACAACUGAAGCAUGGGCAGGAGGGAGUGGAGAUUGGUUCAGAUGCUGAGAUCCGUUGGACUGCUCAUUUACUCCACCUUAGUCCAGAUGGAAUUAAGAGAGCUCUUACUACAAAAACAACAGAGGCUCGAAAUGAACGGGUUGUGACUCCACUUAGCAUUGACCAGGCUCUUGAUGCACGUGAUGCUUUUGCUAAGGCCUUAUAUAAUGCUUUGUUUUCGUGGCUUGUAUCUCGCAUUAACCAAAUAGUGUGCAAGGGAACAAAACAUACUGCAGCAAUUUCAAUAUUGGAUAUAUUUGGCUUUGAAGAUUUUAAGGAAAACAGCUUUGAACAACUUUGUAUAAAUUAUGCCAAUGAAAAUCUCCAAUUCUAUUUUAACAAACAUAUUUUCAAGUUGGAACAACAAGAAUAUACUAAGGAGAAGAUUGAAUGGCAGACAAUUAACUACACAGACAAUCUGCCUGUGAUCCAUCUGAUUGCCAAGAAGCCUGUUGGUAUUCUUCACCUCUUAGAUGAUGAAUCCAACUUCCCCAAAGCAACAGAUCUGUCAUUUCUCGAGAAGUGCCAUUACAACCAUGCAUUGGAUGAACUGUAUUCUAGACCUCGCAUGUCUAGCAUGGAGUUUGCUGUCAAGCAUUAUGCUGGACAGGUCUGGUACAGUGUUGAUGGCUUUCUUGACAAGAACAGAGACACUCUGAGACAAGAUGUGGUUGACUUGCUUAUCAGCAGUAAAAUUCUGAUGGUGAGUAAGAUGUUCCAACGUGUUCGAUCCAGUCAUGAGACAGCAAAAACAAUCAAUAAAGCCAAUGGACGGUUUGUGACAAUGAAGCCUCGCACCCCAACAGUUGCUGCUCGCUUCCAUGAUUCACUGCAACAGUUGCUGGAAUCGAUGUCCAAGUGCAAUCCAUGGUUUGUCCGUUGCAUCAAACCCAAUUCAGACAAAGCACCAAUGAAAUUUGAUAUGCCAAUAGUUCUAGAACAGCUACGUUACACUGGGAUGUUAGAGACAAUACGAAUUCGAAAGAUGGGUUAUCCUGUCCGAUUACGCUUCUCUCAGUUCGUGGAAAGGUUCCGUUACUUACUACCUCAACGAGUGGGUGGUCUCACAACAAGAGGAACUCCAUAUAGGGAACUCUGUCGUGUGAUCCUGUCUUCUUGCUGUCCUGAGGCUGAAACAAAUGGUGACUAUCAACUUGGCACUACAAAGGUCUUUCUCAGAGAAUGGUUGGAGCGGGAAUUAGAACGUGAACGUGCUAGAGUAGUAAGAGCUGCAGCUGUCACUUUGCAGAAGACAGUAAGGGGUUACCUGGCACGUCGGAGGUAUCGUGCCACGCGCAAGGCUGCACUCACACUGCAAGCUCACAUGAGAGGGUGGGCUGCCCGCAAGAGGUACCACACUGUGAGGACAGGUGUAGUGAGAGCUCAAGCUAACUUCAGAGCCAUGCGGCAGAGAAAGCGCUACUUAGAACUCAAGGAGGAACUGAAACGCCGGGCUGAAGUGGAGAAGCUGGCUCGAGAGCGGGCAAAGGCCAAGGCCCAAAGGGAAGAGCAAGAAAGAACUUCACGUGCAGUGGCUGGUGUCAACCAUCUUGAGAUACCGGCUGAGUUGGCUUUUAUCUUCAGCAAGCUAGAUGACUGGCAGCCCGUUCACUCAGAGCGUCAUCUGGUAAAAGUUGUUGGAGGUGUUGCAGGACGUUCUGAUUCUGAACAUUAUCAUCUUCCACAUGACAUUGACUCUCAUGCGUUUACAAAAUUCACAAAUAUAUAUUUUAAGUCACAUCUCUGGGCGAUGAAGCGUGAACCUAUUAAAACCCCUUUCCUCGCUAAGUCUAAGGAUAUGGACUAUCAGGACUCAUUAGCUCUGUUUAAACUCAUCCUACGCUUCAUGAAUGACAACAACUUGAGUGGGAAGAAAGAAAUUGCGCUUGGAGACUAUAUUGUCAAUAAGGGCAUUGUUAAUGAGAAACUGCGGGAUGAGAUUCUGUGUCAGCUGUGUAACCAGACUUGGAACAACGACAAUGAUGCUAACAACGAACGUGGCUGGCUACUAAUGGCCAACUGUCUUUCAGCAUUUCCCCCAUCAAAAACUCUCUACAAAUACCUUCUCAAGUAUGUGUCAGACCAUGGGUAUAAUGGGUACAAGGCUGUGUGCCAGCGUAAACUACUUCAGUCAUCCCGUAUUGAGUGGCAACUAGCACGUAACUACCCACCCUGCCUGUUGGAGUGGCGAUCAAAUCGUAAACGAGUCAACAUGGCACUGCAGAUAUACUUUGCUGAUGAUGAGAUGGUCAGCGUACCUGUAGAUUCAUGGACUGGUGCAGAGGAGCUUGCGGGUCGGGCUGUUCGAGAACGAGGCAUUGUAGAGAGCUCAGGCUGGACCCUUUGUCUUUCUACUGGCACUGACAAUGUAGAUAAUACUACAGAUGGUUUGCUCAAAGAAAUUAAUGGUCUGGACUAUGUUCUGGACCUGAUAGCAGAGAUGGAACUAGCACCAGCAUUCCCAGCAUGUAGAAGCAGUUUUCUCCAGUCAGGGGGACACAGUAGACCGGCGAGGCGUCACAGCAAUAAGGUGUCUUCCUCACCAACAGCAGGAGCAGAAGCAGAAAUAGAAUUAGAUAUACCUGCUCCAUCAUCUCCUCGUAGACCAGUGGUUCCACCACCAGAACCUCCUGUUGUUAAGCAGCCACAGGUAAGAAAAAUAUCUCAUGAAGUAGUGAAAGAUGUUAACCAAUGGGGUGAGAGCAGCAAAAUCCACAGGACAAGAUCACAGUCAAGGGAUCAUACAGUGGAGAAUGCUCUGUCUCGAAAGUCAGCUCUUAAUGAUAGAUACUUUGAAGAUAAGGGACGAAGUCGGAGUCUGGACAACCUUCUGGAGUCGGAAUUGCCAGCACCUCGGAAGUUGGACAGCCUGGGUCUGUCCCAUAGCAGACUGAAUGAGCGAUACCACUCAAUGGAGAAGGUUAAUGCCAGCCACAAUGAUGUUUCCAUGCUGCUGAAUGCAGUAAGCAACAAGGAGUAUAUGACAAAGGCUGAAGCUUUGCUGGAGGAGCAGCUCGAGUCAGUAUCUCAGAGAGGAGAGGACAGCCAUCGCAAGUACAGCAGGGGAGGUGAUCUGAAUUUAAAUGGUCGUAGCCCAUCAUCAGGUGUCCUGGACCAAUUGCCAUCUGAUCUACUUGGUGGUGGCAACAACCAUCGUGAUGAUCUUGAUUUUGAUUAUCCCGAUUUGGCUAGUCAGACUCGCAGUGAAGAUGAUAAAGGGAGCUACAUCAAGGGUCAUCCAAGGUUUAUUAAAUCUCAGUAUGCCGGUAAGAAGGCAGCACCGGGGAGUCAUUCUAGUCGAGCAUAUAUUGAGACUCGCAACUCAGAGAAGUCAGACUAUGGAGCUAAGUCAUCUGCCCUAUCAGAUACAAGUGAAGCUCCAUCUCUAGCAUCACAUGUUCGUAGGGUGCGUGUUCCCUCGCAGGCAUCAGAUGUAGACCAGUUUCUGGAUGACCUGUUCAUGCCCGUAUUGGAUGGUAAUUUGGAUGAGCUGUCUGAUGCCCGCUCACUGGCUGCAUCCAUUAAGGGUGGUGGGGAGUUGAGUAAGAAGCAGAGUGAACAGCAAAGAAUACGCAGACUGUCCAGUAGCAGCAGUUUGGUUGACGAUGAGGUGGCUACUCUCACAGGAUCAUCUGCCACAUCAACGCUCAGGUGGCCAAGUGGCAGGGAUCAGCGAGUGGAGAAUGUUGAUGACUACAUAACUGACCUAUUCAAACCAAUAUUCAUUAAUGCCAGCUUAGAGCGCCUCACCAAGGCUGCUACAUUGGCGGGAGCUAUCAAGGGUGGUGGUGGAAUGGAUUCCCACCAGACACCUCAAAGUCAGACAACAGCUGCAUUUGGCUUUACACCCAUAGCCAACAUGACAUCACCAACCCCAGUUAUGAUGUCAGGGAUGAUGUCCCCACCACCUAUGAUGAUGCCAACAAUCCCCCUCUACACCCCUGCAGCCCAGUCAUCUGGUAGCUUAACAUACAUGGGUCCUGCAGGGGGCAUGACUGGUGCUGCUCAAGCUAUGGCUGCCAUGCCACAAUUCUACUCAGCUCCGAUGUCUGCAGAUCAAGCUGGCUUUAUGCCAAUCCCAAUAUACAACAUGCAAGGUCUAAGUCUGCCAACAUUCCCGACACCAGGACAGCAGCAGGCAGGUUCUACAGGAGUGGAUCCAGCAGUUGCAGCAUAUCAGCAGAACUUGCAACGUGCAUUCUUGCAGUCAGCAAUGGCACAGAACAUUCAGAUCCAGCAACAGCUGCUUGCACAGAAUCAGGCUCUACAGCAGAUGCUUGUUCAGCCUCUGGCAACCCAGCAGCAGACCCCAGGUAUGCACGUGCUCAGCAUGUCAGGAGCUGCUCCUUCUUCUCUCUCCCACCAGAUGGCAGGGCUGAUGCAGCCCCCAACAUUCGAUACGCUAGGCAGGAACUCGAAGGUAUCUUUCCGAGAGCCAGAGAAUGGAGAACUGUGGUCAACGGAAAAACGAGUCGGUUCUAAUGUCACAAUGCCUGCCAUGUCAGCAAGCAUGCCACUUCAGCAACAGAUUCCUGCACCUCCCCUCCCUCCAAAGUCCCAUUUUAAUGCUGCUUCACCAUACCAGCAGCAAAGUCCAAGCUUCAUAAAACAAGAGACUACAGUCAAAGCACAGGUUCUUCGUUCCCAGUCACCCCCAAACCAGCUCCGUCUGUCUCCCACUCGGAAGCUCAGCCCUACCAAGAGUCCAGGUUCAGGCACCCCUCAGGCAGCCUUCACCAAUGUGCUGAGUGAACUCAAAUCCAGGAGGAGCUCCACAGAAUCUGGGUACUCUAACAAGAUAAAUUCUUCAGGAGCUGCACCUCCUCCUCCCCCUCCUAUGCCUCCGCCACCAGAACAUAUGGAUCCAUCAGAAACACGCCCCUUUCUGGAUCCUUAUGGCCGAGCAAAGACAGUAAGAAUUGGCAAGUGGCGAUGGCCUCCUCCAAAAUCUGAACAAGAUGAAAGUUCAGACAGCUUCCUGCAGUUCAAGAUGAGACAGCACCAGCGCAAAACAACACCACAGCAGCAGCUGCAUUCACAGGAAUUUGGUGAGCUGUCAGAAGGAAUUGAAUGGGAAGAAUUUGAAAUCAGUGGGUCUCCUGGUGGAGUCAGUCAUGAGCGAUCACCAGGUAGUGCUGGCAUUAGUAGGAAAGAUAGUCGGUCUGGCAAUGUGGGUCACCACAGAGUGCUGGAUGGAAAAGACAAGAAUGCAGUCAGAGCAUUUGAAGUUGGGGCAGCUCGACCGAGCCCAGGCAGUAUAGGCAAGCUUCACAUCAGUAGCGAAAUGCGAACAAAACUUGAAAUGGUCACUGCCAAUCAUAGUCUCAGGGCCAGCAAUAAACCGGAGAAGCCUGGUGUGAUUCCUUCAAAACGAGAUGACACAUCUCCAACUAGUCCUCAUAGGCCUGUAAAGAAACUUGAGGACAACAGAAGACUCAUGCUGGAGCAGCAGUUGGCUGGAAAUUGGGAUUCUGUGGACACUGUUGAAGCUGUAACGUCAACCCCACUGCGGGGAGUGAAUAAGGAAGAACGCUCUGAAGUGCAACAGACAAAUAUUGUCCGCAGCCAGGUAGAACGAAUGGAGAAAACAACACCAAGGUAUGAAGAAAAAUCAAAUUUGAUAAGUAACAGUACUGCUUGGGAUAAGACUGGUAUAUCCAGCAGCGGCUGGGACAAAGUUGGGAUGUCUGGGAGCCCGUGGGAUAAACCAGGCAUUUCUGGCAUUACGUGGGAUAAAUCAGGAAUUAUUGGUAGUGGAUGGGACAGACCAGGAUGGGAUAAAGCUCCCAUGUCACUUGGUAGUGGCUGGGGUGAGAAGGCUAACAACAACAACAACAGUAACUGGAGACCAGCACCACCCCCUCCCCCUGUCACUCCACACUUCAUAGAGACAGCUCUGCCAGCUGCCUCCAGGACCAGCAGCUUCUAUUCCCAAGGACCCAAUGCAGCGUUGCCACAACCAAGGUCACCUCCACCACCUAUCCAGCCUGUGAAGACAAAUCGGGAUUUAGCAAUGUACCAACACAACAAUAAGCAACAUCCCAACAACCAUGAUAUGUUUACCAAUGCGUAUAACAGUAGUCAAUAUCAUCAACUGUCUCAGCAUUCAAAUAAUGCCUACAGAGGGAGGGACAUGUUUGAACAGCCUGGAGGUGUAACAAGAAUAGACAGAGACCGCCGGUCCUCUGUCUCAACACAUCUGACUGAUAGAAUGGAGAGGAUUGAGAUCGAGGAAUCUCCAGAAUUUCUUCAGCCUGUGGACACAGCACCUCCUCUCAUUAUGGAGCGACGUGACCAUGGCAAGAACCUAGAACUGGUGAAGACAAAGCUGUUCGGGCCAAGUAGUGCAGCAUACUUCACAUACAAUAGAGUUACUUGGAGACUGAAUGUCAGGAAAGAGGUGUUUGCACCAGGAGAGACAUUGAGCAGUCCAUUAGCUCUCCAUCUGGUGUUCUGCCAAGUGGUACAGGACUGUCUUGGUCCAACCAAUUGCAUCAGAGUCACCAGAGAGCAACGUGCCAAAAUGAGAAAGCUGCUGGACAGCUAUGGUGUGACAGUAAACAAUCUCCAUUCAUCACACCAGAAAGUCACGAUCAAGAAGAACAUUGUUGACAUGGCAAAGGACUGGCCCAUAUACUUCUCCCGCAUUUUCCCAGUCUCAGGUGGGCAUCAACAUCCAGGCGUCCAGCAGCUGGCAGUUUCACAUUCUGGUGUUCGACUAGUGCGUCGAGAGAAAGGACCCUCAGAAGAUAACCUGCAGGUGCUAGAUACAUUCAGUUUUGAAGAAAUUGCUGAAACGUGCGUGCCAAAAGGAAGUGCAUUACAGCUAGUGCUAACAUCUGGUGUCCGCUUCUUACUGUAUUCACAUCGAGCUAACCAGAUCCAUACCAUGAUAGAGAAAUAUUGCCUUGACAACGAAAAGCUGCAGCAGAAGGCUGCUCCUCAUAUUCCAGAUGGGCUGGCUCCAUCAAAGAUAGCUCUUGACAGCUGGACUGGGCACAGCCGCACUGCAGGACACCAGCAAUCAGCAAUACUGCAAUCACACACAAACACCACACUCUCACAGCAACAGCAGCAGCAUCACCACCAACAACACCACCAGCAGAGAAAUAUCAUAACUUCAUCACCUCAACCACCAGAACCUCCAGGCCAUCACGAUGGGAAACAUUCUCUUCUCCAGUUUGCCAUGUUGCACUUCAGACAGAGCCCUGAAAAGUUUGAGAUGCUCAAGACAGCUGAUGGGUCAAUCUCUGGCUCCCUGAAGGUCAUUGAGAACCUCAAAGCAAGCAAAAAGAACAAAGGUAAAAAAGGAAACAAAGAGAAUGAUUGGACAUGGAAGGAACAGGUUGAUCUUGUUAAAUUCAGCUCAGUGCCAAUAGAACAGUCACUACUCCGCUUGGAACCAGGGGAACUAAGUGAACUGGCUGUGGAGUGUUUUGCUGCUGUAAUGCGUUACAUGGGGGACCUGUCAAUGGCUCCAGAUUCAACUGAAGUCAAGUGUGUCUACACAAUUCUUAUGCACUGCCAUAAACACGAAGCGCUUAGGGAUGAAGUAUAUUGCCAAUUGAUGAAACAGACAACUAACAACAAAUCCAUGAAACCAGACUCAUGCCAGCGAGGAUGGCGAUUGUUCAGCAUUGUUGCUGCCUACUUUGUCUGUUCUGAGACACUUAAGCCAUACUUGUUCAAGUACCUUGAGACAUCAGCGUACGACAAGCGACGGGCAUACCAUGGUACUGCAACAGUAUGCCUUCAGAAUCUUCGAAAAACGUUCAAGUAUGGAGGGAGGAAGAAUGUUCCCAGCGUAGAAGAGAUCACGGCCAUCAGUGCUGGCCGUAACUCCAAACGUCAAAUCUACAGGCUACCUGGUGGAACAGAGAGAGUUGUGAACACAAAAUCUACCACCGUUGUUCAGGAUGUUAUUGAGGAACUGUGUACUGUAAUUGGAGUGACAGGAGGAGAAAUGGAGAUGGAAGAAUUUUCACUAUACUGCAUAGUGGAGGGUGACACAUUCACCAUGCCAUUAGCUCGUGAAGAAUACAUCCUAGAUGUCACCACAGAACUACAUAAAAACCAACAGGUGUUUUACCUGAUAUUCUGUCGCUCUGUGUGGCACUUUCCUUUGCGACUAGACUCCCAGUUGUAUGUGGAAGUUGUGUUCAAUCAAAUAGCUCCAGACUACUUGGAAGGUCUGCUCCUCAUCAUGCCAGGAGAACAGCUUGACCAAGAUGUCAUUUAUGACAUUGCAAAGAUGGCAGCCUUGCUACACCGAGCAGCAGAUAUGACUCAUGUGCCAACAAUGAAGGAAACAAAGUUCCUGCUGCCAAAGCCUGCACUUACAGUGCGAGAUGUAAAGCCAGCACAGUGGGUGAACAUGGUGCAGAGCAAUUGGAGAGAUGUCGAGAUGCUGACCACAAUUCAGUCCAAGGCACAGGUUCUAGAUAUUUUGUCGAAGUGGCCUCUUUUUGGUUCAAGUUUCUUUGCUGUGAAACGAGUCUCUGAUCCAAAAGAACGUUCAGAUCACAUCCUGGCACUAAACAGGCAGGGUGUACAUUUCAUCGAUCUUGUCACCCAUGAGACAUUAAUUCAUUACCCAUUCUCAGAAGUGAUCUCCACCCGGAAAGUGAAAUCAGAAGAUGGGACGCUCUUCUUGGAUAUGAAAUGUGGUAACCUCAUGCAACAACGUAUCACUCGACUGCAAACAGACCAGGCUCAUGAGAUUUCCCGCCUGAUCAGGCAGUAUAUCACAAUGGAGCAGCGCCUUCAGCAAAGGUCAGCUGCAUGAUUUACUGGGCACCACAGUAAGUUGCGCACAGUUGAGAAGCAGUUGAUGGUAGUGCAAGUUAGUGAUAGUCAGGACACAGUUACUGUUUCAUGGACAUACUUGAUCGUUCUCAUAAGUACAUUUAAAGAAGUGGAUAUGGGAUAUUUUCUGUAAGUAUAGAAUAUUCACCUCUGUUUGUUGUUAUGCAUUGUUGUCAGAAUACAGUAUGUUAAUUAAUUAUGUUAACAAAUUGCAUACUGGCCUGUUAAAAUUUAAAUACUUCAAUUUACACUCAUUUUAUGUUACUCUACUUCAAAUGCUACACUGAAAAAAUAUGUUUUUCUAUUUUUUACAUAUUUAUGACAAUGCCACUCUUAUUGUGAUCUAUCAGAACAUUAUCUGGUAGUGUAUCUGUGAAUGAUAUUGCUCAACUUGAAUCAUUAUGCACUGUAACUUAACAAAAUUGGCCACUAUCACUGUCAUUAGUUUGGUGAAUUAUCAGGAAGUUCACUAUCUCAGAUAUCUGAAAGUAUGUCAACAUAGACUUCCCCAAUAACUCCUUCAUUCAUCCUUACAUUAGACCUUAUUCAUACUGCCAUGUUGACAUACAGUGAAUUAUAAUCUGUCAGAAGUGAAACACUAAUUUCUGAGCAGCCAAAGAUGAUAGGAGUCUACAUGUAGUCUGCAAGCCUUAUUAGAGGAACUUUGUGCUCUUCUGUCGAUAAGCUGAGGCUGAUCUCAGUGGGGCAUCAUGCACUGAAGUGACCGCAUGGUAACCAAACAACACCUAUAUAUGAGACAGAAGCUUUCCCUAACAAUAUUCCAUUUAGCAGUAGGUCAUUGUGCUCUUUGUGUAGUUAAGCAUCAUCUGUAUUACUGUAAUACAGUACAUUAUUACAGGGGUCGCCUUUAUAAAGUUAUGUGUAUUUUCUAUACUGCUUUGUAAAGUGAAAAGACAAUGGUCUGUAAUAUAUUGUAUUGUAGUGGUGUUAAUAAGAAUAGAUUUAGUUAAAAUAACAGAAUAUUCAGUCAUUCUUAAAUGUAGCACUAAUAAUUCACAUAGACCUUAAAAAAUUGCUGAUAGUUCACUAUCCACAGACCAACUGAUAUGGGCAUAGUGGAAGUGUUUCAGAUGCACAUAAGUUUGUUUUUAACCUUCAUUGUGUCAGAAUAGCAAAUUUAAAUUCUAGAUGCUGGCUAUCAGGUUUUAACUGCUAUAGUAGAGCCAGUCUUCACUUCUGAAAAUUCACCACUGAACCACCCACAUUUAUCAGUCAAUGAAUUCCAUUUCCUGUCAAAGUGGGAAUAAAAAGAAGAAAUGAAGCAAGAAAAGAGAAAAAGGGGGAGGGGGAAUCUUCCAUUGUCUCUUGUCCAAAACAUGGAGAUCCUGAAAUAUCCCCCCUCAUUUUCUCAGUACAACCUGGUUGCCAGAACAUUUUCCAUCUCCUCUUUUUGCUAAUCAUAUGGCCGCUGCCUGUUGGUUAGCAUCUUGUCCUUCUGUUAGUGCAAAACAUUGCCAAAGGCAAUGCCUAUAUAAGAACUGCCAAACCCCUUCCCAAAGUCAUUAAUCCUGAUGAUGGUAGCUGCAAGGAUUUCUGAAACACUGGAGAACUCUCAACGUUUGAUGUGGCCUAGUCUGAAAAGCUGAAGCCACAUAUAAAAUGUACUUUCUUUAUUACAUUAUUUCUUUAUACUUCAUUCUCUGUCUUGCAGACAUUGCUGUCUCAAAACUGAAUAUAGAUGGCAUGAUCCUGUGCCUGAAACUUGAUCCUUUCAGAUAUUUUCCAACCAGAAUUAAUCAUCUAUAUUGUUAUGUGACUAAGACGCAAGUUUGGAUUCAUGAAUCAGUUUAUUGGAUCUUCAGUAGUUGUAACUACAAUUAGUUCUUACACUCUCAAGAUUACUGUAACUGUAGCACAUUUAAUGUCACACACUAAGUCUUCUAAUUCUUCUUCUGGCCACAUUGCUGUUCUCUUGGAACUUUGGAACUCAAGUGAAAUCAAUUCCCAUUCUCAUAUUCUCUCAUAUCCUCUUGGCUUGGACCAUGCACAGAAAACACAGUUUUAUUGUUACAUGGCACAGUGAUAACUAUCUUGCCAGUCCAUUGGUGCAUUGACUGUUGCCUAGCAAAAGCUAUAAACAUUCAUCCUAUUCUUCCAUGACCUUAAGCAAGAAGAUGUUUAUCACACCAUUGCCUAGCUAUACAUAUUACAAUAUUAUCUAAUAUAUUUGGAUUGAAUUGAUUAUGAUUGCAUAAACCAUGUAUCAAGGCAAAUCAUUAUUCUGAACAGCCAGUCAGAAAUCCUGUAUCAUAUCAUAUUUGUUCUGUGGAUAGUGGAUGGUGUACUUAGCUGUGAGUGUAUGUAUAUCUUAAAAUGAGAGAGAGAGAGCAGAUUGAUGGAGUUGGCCUGCCAAUGGACAGGUUUUGAUAUUUUUCAAAUGCUCAAAAGUUAUUCACUUUAUAAACGAUUCAUCGGAAUAAGUAUAUAAUUUCUAUAUUAAAAUAGAAUAAUAAUUAUUAUAUAUGUCUGUAAAUAGUAUAUUUGGUUACUAAUCAAUUUAGAUUUGUUAGUAUGAAGUGAGAUGGAUUAUUAUCGAAUGUUUGCUGUAGGAAGAAAAGAUAGACACUUUAAAGUCACCGUGUGUGUGUGUUUAUGUAAUAAGCAUUAACAUAUUGCCAGUCUUUAUAUGUUGGUAUGUACAGGUAGCUAAUAAACUAGAUUACUGGAUGGUAAAGAUCCUUAGACAACGAUUAGACAGUUCUGUGCAUAAAUUGUACAACAUUUAUGACUUCCUACAGUAAUUAAAAUAUUGUUCUUCUACAGAUUUAUUCAUACAGUGUGUUUUAUAAAGACCUGACCAAUUUAAAUUAUUUAUAUUUCUAAUGUUACUUUAAAUGUAGUAUUAAAUCGUGUCAUAUAUUAUAAAGAGUUUUAGGGUUCCUGGCAAAGUAGUGAUUGUCCUUUCUGCUGUAGAUGGGCCCUGCAUCCACAAAUUAAACAAAAUAAAUACUUUAAAAUCAGUCAGGCCUUGAUGAAAUACCCUGUAGUAUAUUCACAUAGAAUAUAUCAGUUCAAAGUUUUAAAUUCAAGAUACAGUACAUGGAUGCUUAACUGUUCUGAAAUGUAAAGUUUCAAAUCCUGUACUGUAGUUAAAAAUAACAUCUGCAUACCGUGUUCCUUUCCCUACACAUUAUUUUCAUCAUUUUUUAAUGUGACUUAGUACCUUCAUAAACACAGGUGUUAUAUGGUUAGUUUUUACCUGUCCUUUCCAUGAACAAACCAAAGUUUUCAUCUGAUAUUCUUGUCACCCUCUUCAUCCCUGACAUCAGAAUAACUGGAACUUAAAUUCUUCACUUCCUUCAAACAUCCUCAUUUAUGUUCUCCUUUCACUUUUCAUUACUGCUUCGGACAUAACACACUGUAUUCUUGUUUAUUUUUAUACACGUAAAUAAAGUGUUAAAUGUGUUUUACUUGAUACAAUAAAACAUACAAUCAUGUAAAAAA